AUGUAUCCUGAUUUUGUUGAUACAAUAAAUGGGAUGAAGCCAGUGCUAACAUGGGAAGAUUUCAAGAAGACUACCAUAGCUGGGGUAUCAACUGAUAAGAGAGUAUUGGAAGAGUUCUGGUGUCUUCCAGAAGAUAGAGCUGAGGCAGAUGCUGUCUUGGAGUUAAAAUUUAAAAACAUGGUGCCUAAGAUGUUGAGUGAAGAGAAGCGGGCUAUCACAAAGAAACUAUAUAAGGAUGGUAAUGUGCCCCCAGAAGAUGUAGAUGAAUAUGGAAAUCGUUGGCCAACAAAAGAAGCACUUAUAUCUGUAAAACCAAGAGACUUUACAACCAAUGAAGGUUGGGCUUUGUUAUGUGAGCACUGGAGUACAUCAAAAUUUAGAAAGUCAUCCUUAAAGGCAAAGCAAAAUCACCUAGCUGGAGAUAAUAACGUAUACCAUCGCAGUGGCUCAAGAAGCUUACUAGCAACACGCCAAUGGCUGGCACUAAAAACUGGCAUUGACCCUGGAAUUGGUGGCGCUUGGCUGCAUAAUCAUGAAUUGAAUCCAGGGACAAAUGAUGGCAGGUUGUGCAACCAGAAUGCUGCUGAUAAAUGGCUAGGAAUUGGUGAUGGAGCAAUUAGUAUUGCUGAGAAGGAAACAAUCAAGACAAGAAAAAGAAGUGCACAACCAUAUGUUUCUGCUAAAGAGAAGCGGCUUGAAAGGGAAAAUCUGCUGUUGCGAAAAGAAUAUAGCAACCUUGAACAUGUUGUGCGGGCACUUGUUGCUAAACAAGGAAUGGACUUUGAUGCAUUAGCUCAGGAAAAUGCAUCUAACUUGCCUACUUCUGAAUCUGAGGUUGCAUUCGCUAGAGAGCAUGAGAAAAUUGUUCCUAAUGCAUCUGAUCAUGAUAACAUUGGUGGAGCAGACUAUAGUGGUGAGGAAAAUAUUGGUGGGGCAGCCUAUAGUGGUGAGGAAAAUGAAGAUGACAUAUAUGAUUAUGAUGAUGAAGGAUACCAUUCCCUAGAUGAUGGCCAAAAUUACGAGAACAAUGGUGAAGACUUUUUCGAUGAUGAUGCUUCCUGGUGA